CACACACGUACCACUCGCGGCUGGACGGCUGUCAGCGCUCAGAAGAUGGUGGCGGCUGCGGCCAAUGCGUUGCCCACCGCGCCUGGAUAGCGCACAACAACAUUUCAUGCAGGUGUCGACGCUCGUGCAGCGCGCGGAGAACAGCCACACACCGGAGAUAAGACAGUCUCAUCUCACUGUGGACGAUGCAGAGAAUGGAGAGGCUGGACGAUGCAGCAGCCCUAAGCCUGUUAUAUUUGUCUUGGAUUUAAGGGGAAGUGUUUGGAGGUAUGAAGAUAUUCUCUGGUGUAUCCCGCGCAAUUCAAUUAAAGUGGCUGGAUCAGAGCAGCACUCAGCUUUGACCUGUGGGACUCCUGGUGUGGGGGGUGCGUGGAGCUGAGGUGGAGACCUUUUAAUUAGCCCCACUCUCUCCGGGGUUUCGUCGUCUGCCAUUUAGAGGAGGGGGGCACCGAGCUGCCGUGGGCAAAGUUUACUUCAGAGAAAGGGAGAGACUGGAUGACACUUCAUGUAGUCUGCGCAAGGCUGUCUUUCUCUGGGCUGCCCUGGCGACUGAAUAAACAGCCAGGAACCGGCAUGAUCAGAAUAUGUGGACAGUUUUCUUCGGGGCGCACUGUGACGAUGAAUUGGCGACAUUUGGCGUGAGUGUGUGGAUACCAAAGCAAUACCGAUCAGCACUGAUCCGGCUGGUUGGCGCAUAGCCUUGGAGGAGCGUGUUUACAUACUGACAGCUAAGCUCUUGCAAUAAAAGCGUUUUGGGGUAUUUUAUGCGCGCCGCGUCUCAUGCAUUUGUCUCCUGCAGACCUCCGUGCACACGAGUCCCUGUGGGGGUUUGGAGACGCAGCGGUGGCGGAGACACCCGAGCAGAAAGUCAGGAAAGGACGGGGCUCCGUCCGCGGGAACAGACGCGAUUAGGCCCUGCAGCAAGCAGCAUGUGGGGAUAAAUAAAAGCUCCGAUGGCAGUUUUUACGCCCACGAUCCCGUUACCUGGAAUUGAUCUGCGUCUUAAAACCAAAAGCUGGCCUUUGCGAUCAAGGCGGCAGUCAGAAGAGUCAGAGCAAAUACUGCGGAGGAUGUGUUCAGGAUGAAGUUUUGCUCAGACCUGUAAACAAAUCGUGGUGAAGUUUAGAAGAUCGGCCUGUUUGGCUGCUGGAUAUCCCAAGGGGAACGGAGUGGACAUGCACCAGUAAUGACAGUAUAUUGACUGCACAUUUAAACUGGAUUUAAAAACCCCACUCUUACUCACAACUUCUCAAUAACUCCUAUUUCUUCUUGUUUUUGUGUUUCUUUUGCAACUUUUCCUUUACACGCACUCUUAUGUAAUGCUAUGAGUUUUCCCCAACAUUUCACCAAUGAGUGAAACUGCGUGCAGCCAGCUGAGUGGACUUGGGCAGGCACAGAGAAAGCAGCAAGUGAACCUUGCAGUCCCAAGUGCGUCAAAACAGUCCGGAACGUAGAGGAAUGCAGGGACUGACGUCAAGAGGUGCAAUAAUGACCUAUUCAAAAGCUUUGGAAGGUCUGCUGGUGUUUUCUUCAACCACUACACUGUUCUCAGAGUGGAUUUUUCUCUGAAAUGGUUUUUUGUGCUCUCCUUUUUCAGGUUUAAGAGUAAACAAUCAUUGCCCCAGCUGUUAAACUGCAGCCCAAUACUUUGCCUUACUUCUUUCUGUACUUUGUCUUUGACAUAAUCGUCCCCUCUGCAUUGGUUUUGAUUUUUUGGAUAGAUUAAAAAGCACCAUGGCAUCCCCGCAACAUCAACAACUGCUGCCUCACAACACAGAAGUGAACUGUGACUCAAGUGGAGAUGGAGGCGUCUCAGUGAGGAUUGGCAGCAGUGUCAAACACAAGCACGGAGGCGGGCCGCUGGGUUCAAUCGGGGGAGGCUUCAUCGUGGGGUCCAAGCACUGCAAGUACAGCAUUUCCUCCAGCUGCAGCUCCGGAGAGUCCGGAGCCAGGAGGCCGGUGGUCAAAAGCUUUCGCACACAUAAGAAGAUGCCUCAGCUUUUUGAGAGAUCCGCCGGUCAUUUCUGGGACCCAAAGUUUGACUCUUCGAUCCUGGAGGAGGCCUGUAGAGAGCGGUGCUUCCCUCAGACCCAGCGGCGCUUCCGCUAUGUACUCUUUUACCUUGUUGCCGCUGCCCUCCUGUGGGGAUUGUACUUUGCUGCCAACCCUUCCCGCUGUGACAGGACUGCCUUUCUCCUUCCCACUGCGUCCUUCCUCCUCUUCUGCCUCCUUCUCUUCCUCUUAACUUUUACUAAGCUCUACUCUCGCUGCUACAACCAAGCAUCUCUGCUGCUCAUCCUUGUAACCUUCACCCUGACCCUGGCCCCGCAGAUCCAGACAUCAAGCUUCAGGGACCCGGAGGCUCCCACACCUGUGCUCGAUGAGGAAGAGUUCAGUGGCAUGGGGCCAAUGUACAACCUGUCCUAUGACAAGCUUGUGGGAGGCAGCACCUGGUCCCCUUGUCUGUCUCCUGUAGGCACCUUUUCCCUCUGUAUUGAGGUUCUUCUGUUGCUUUACAGCGUUCUCCAUAUUCGCCUCUAUGCUUCUGUCCUGCUCGGGUUUCUCUACUCUGUGUUUUUUGAGAGUUUAGGAUGGCUGCACCUGGCCCAGGCAGGGGAUAACUGGAGCUUAGCUUCUCAGUCAGACUGGGAUACAUUAUGUUGGCUUGGCCCUGCCAAAGCUCUGCUCCACCUCUGUGCCCACGCCAUCGGCAUCCACCUUUUCAUCAUGUCUGAGGUGCGCUCACGCAGCACCUUCCUCAAGGUGGGACAAGCUAUCAUGCAUGGCAAAGAUCUGGAGGUGGAGAAAGCCUUGAAGGAGCGAAUGAUCCACUCUGUCAUGCCCCGAAUCGUGGCAGAUGAACUGAUGAAGCAAGGUGACGAGGAGAUAGGAGAUAAUUCCGUUAAGCGAUACUCCACCAGUGGUGCAGCAGCUGCCAUCUCCAGCCCUAAAAACAAUAAACGCAAGAAAACCUCCAUCCCUCGAGGCCAGAUUAUCUUCAGACCCUUCAACAUGAAACGCAUGGAGCCUGUAAGCAUCCUCUUCGCAGACAUUGUGGGUUUCACAAAAAUGUCAGCCAACAAAUCUGCUCAUGCCCUUGUCGGGCUUCUAAAUGACUUAUUCGGACGUUUUGAUCGACUCUGUGAACUCACUGGCUGUGAGAAGAUCAGUACUCUAGGAGACUGUUACUACUGUGUGGCAGGUUGUCCCGAACCCAGACCAGACCAUGCCUACUGCUGCGUGGAGAUGGGCCUGGGUAUGAUUCAGGCUAUUGAACAGUUCUGUCAGGAGAAGAGGGAGAUGGUCAACAUGAGGGUGGGUGUUCACACUGGCACUGUACUGUGUGGUAUCCUGGGCAUGAAGCGCUUCAAGUUUGAUGUUUGGUCAAACGACGUCAACUUGGCCAACCUGAUGGAGCAGCUGGGGGUGGCUGGCAAGGUCCACCUAUCAGAGGCCACAGCCAACUUCCUGGAUGACCGCUACCAGCAUGAAGACGGACAAGUCAUUGAGAGAAUAGGACAGAGUGUGGUGGCUGAUCAACUCAAAGGCCUGAAGACCUUCCUAAUCUCUGGCAGGAAGGUGGAGCCUCGCUCCCUCUGUAGCUGCUCUCAGUUGGGGUUGGCGGGGCCUGAGGAUCCUCGGUGCCCCACUUCCAGGGUGCACACACCUGACGGAGCGCCGGCAGCCUGCACCCUGCCUCCGGAAAGUGCUAAGUCUCCUUGUAUAUCCUGCAGUGUGGCCCUGAUACCAGGGGAGGAUCAGGUUUUGGAGGAAGGAGCGGUUCACAAUGGCUGCCAUGACGACCGCAAGACCAACAGCAGCAAGGACUCUUCAAAUCUCAAGUGCUCCCCAGCGGUUUCUGCAGGGCGCAGCCCCAAGGCCCUGAACGGCCUCCUCAGUCCUCAGCUGGAGGCUCUGAACAACAGCCAGACGUCACUGUGCGAGAUGCUGCAGGAGAAGGAGAAGAAGACAUGGAGCGGAGGAGCCAUGGGCAUGGACCACUCGGCGCUCAUCCCUCUACGCUCCAAGAACUUCAGGGAGAGGAGCGACGCUCACUUUGUGGAUGUCAUUAAAGAGGACAGCCUCAUGAAGGACUAUUUCUACAGACCUCCCAUAAAUAAGCUGAGCCUCACCUUCCUGGAGAAGAGCCUGGAGUCUGCUUACCGGAUAAGCAACCAGGAGGAGGUGGAAAACCAAGCAGCGGUGCAGACUUUCGCCAGUCCAAUGUUCAGUUCCUUCCUGGACAUGCUGCUGUGCUGCUCAGUGUUUCUGGCUCUCUCGCUGGCCUGUUUCCUUCGACCGCUCGUCACCCAGCAGAGUUUGUCCACGCCGGCGCUUGUUCUGACAGCUGUAGCCGCCCUGUUGGAGGCUGUGGCUCUGCUGUUAGCUAUACGUAUGGCUUUCUACCUGGACAGUGUGCUGAAUUGCACUCGGGUGCUGAUGAGAGUGAUCUCAGGCUGGGUGGCGCGUCACUUUUUAGGAGCCGUCCUGGUGUCACUGCCCACUGUGGCUGUCUUCUCCCAUGUCUCCUGUGACAUGCAACUCUCCAUCCAGUUCACCAUGUUCAUCUGCUGUGCUGUCAUCAUAGCUAUCAUUCAGUACUGUAACUUCUGCCAACUCAGCUACUGGAUGCGCUCACUUCUAGCGACUUUGGUGGGACUAGCAAUGCUUGUCCUGCUCUUCAGCUCCCCCUGCAGUGUUGCUAAGAAGCUGUUUUUCUGGUCAGAUGGCUGGAGCAAUAACACCAACAGCAACAGCUCCAUCGUCAUAUCCGACAGCCCAGCGGACCCAGACCCACAGGACCUGCUGGGCCCUGAGGCCUGCGUGGCCUUUUUCCUGGUCCUUCUCCUGAUCUGGUUCCUCAACCGUGAAUUUGAGGUCAGUUACCGCCUGCAUUACCACGGCAACGUGGAGGCAGAUCAACACCGCAUCAAGAUCCAGAAUAUGAGGGACCAGGCUGACUGGCUCCUUCGCAAUAUCAUCCCCAUCCACGUGGCCGAGCAGCUGAAGGUCACCCAGAGCUACUCCAAGAACCAUGAUAACGUGGGCGUCAUAUUCGCCAGUAUUGUUAACUUUAGUGAGUUUUAUGAGGAAAGCUACGAGGGAGGCAAAGAGUGCUAUCGUGUCCUUAACGAGCUAAUUGGAGACUUUGACGAGCUGUUACGGAAGCCUGCCUUCUCCAAUAUGGAAAAGAUCAAGACCAUCGGUGCCACAUACAUGGCGGCGUCAGGACUCAACGCCCAGCAGUGUGCAGAUGCGGCACACCCUCACGCCCACCUCCGCGCUCUUUUUGAAUUCGCCCUUGAAAUGAUGCGUGUGGUAGACGACUUCAACAAGAACAUGCUGGGCUUCGGCUUCAAGCUUCGCAUUGGAUUCAAUCACGGGCCUCUAACAGCGGGAGUGAUUGGCACCACAAAGCUUCUCUACGAUAUCUGGGGCGACACAGUCAACAUCGCCAGCCGCAUGGAUACUACGGGUGUGGAGUGUCGCGUCCAGGUCAGCGAGGAGAGCUAUUGUGUGCUCAGUGGCAUGGAUUAUGAGUUUGAUUACCGUGGCACAGUUAACGUCAAAGGCAAGGGUCAGAUGAAGACCUUCCUUUACCCGAAGAGCAGUGACAGUGGCCCUGUGCCGCAGUACCAACUCUCAGUCUCACCAGAGAUCCGGGCACAGGUGGAUGGUAGCAUCGGGCGCUCGCCCACUGAUGAAAUUGCCAGCAUGGUGCCCACAACCGGCAUAACCGCAAGCACUACCAAUACUAUGGUACCCAGUGCCAGCGCUGGUGCCUCUUCUACCACAGGGCUCAGCCAUGGGAGAGAAGCAGACAGCCGUGACAGACGUCCCUCGACCGGGACCUCCCAUGCCAGACGAUCUACGUCUCAUGGUGGCAUGACAUCUAUACCCGUUACCAACCUAGAAGGACCUCCUCCGUCUGCAAAUAACAAACCGCUCAUCAUCUCAUCCUCUGUCCAGCAAAACACAUCCCAGAAAGAUACCAAGAAGGACAAAUGCGAUGAUGAUUGUGUCAGUAACAUCGGAGAGUUCACCAGACUUUAAGAGUUUGUUACAAUGGCGAUUUAAUCAUAAAUCCUCGACCCUUUAAGCUCUUGUUCCUGCCGGUUGGCAUUUGUAGAAUUGCUGUACAUUUGGUCCUACCCUAGGUAGAACCAGAGAGAAAGACCCACUGGCCUCUUCUCUGCAUCAGCCAGGCAGCAGGUUGUUUUGAGUGUAAAUCUGAUUGGCUGAUAUUAUCAGUGGAGGGUGCAGGGUGCACCACAAAGUGAGCGUCAGGCAGUAACGCACAGAGGAAAUGGGAAGAUGUUGAGGGCUGACUCUGAACCUUCUCUUGCCUGCUACAGAUCCCAUCAUCUCCCAUUAACUUACUUGAUUAUCCGUACACCUUUAAUCUUAAUUAUUUCUUUCAUAUGUCUUUUAAGUGCCUUUAGAGUAGAAUAAUGUGUAGACUAAGCCUUUUUGAGUAAGGGAAGAACAACAUAAAGGGAAAACUGUAAAUAAGCAAACUUUUUGGAAGAAAAACUGCUUUGCUUUUGUUAUAACUUUACUUUGUAAACUAUGCUUUGCUAUGAUAUUUUGCCUUUAUCGAAGACGAGCUCACCUUACAUACAGAAAGUGCUACAACAAGUGAAGGGAAAUAAAAUAUCACUCAAAAUCUGCACUAGAUGGCUGCGGAACCUGUUCUUCAUGAGAAGCAGAAAACUCUUCAUGAAAGGCACGGCAGCAGCAACUAAUCAAUACAGGCUAAGGGCAGACGGGGCUGAGCUGCGUGUCGUGUGAGUGUAUUUGCAUUCAGUGUGUGUGUGUAGUAACAAAAUCAUGCAGGGUAUAAUGAGGAGACGUCCCUUAUGAGUUACUCGACCGACUUGAUGAAACUGCAGGAUGAUGACAAACAGUUUAGGAACGCAGUCGCAAAAUGAAAAAAAAAAAAUCCUGGUUGCUGAUGCGGCAGCUUUCUCUUCUGGCCUCGGUUAAGAUCUUUGCAUUGCCUCAGUACUGAGGCAUGAUGGUCUCAGCUACAUUUAAUCAGUCUGCUUGCAGCAACAGCAUCGUAGACAAGGUUAACCGUGACUAGUGUUAUUGCCCUCCCCUAUGAUCCAGGCUCUUAUGGGAACCCAAGGUGUGUUAAGUGUUGAUGAGUAUUUCGAUGGAUCCGAUGAGGCACUGCUGUACCUGUAGAGUGUCUUGACUUUAGCGCGAUUAGAGAAUACAACUGCCUAGGUUUUGCUGUGGAUUACACUGUGUGUUAGUUGAUAGUGCUUUUAAGACAUGGAUAAUCAAAGUGGAAUGUCAUGAAUCAAAAAUGUGUUUUAUUGUAUUUAUCGUUGCACAAAACUUGAACUUGUUCAUGUGAAGCUCCCCUCUCUAACUUCUAUGAUUUGAAGGACAAUAUUAGGCGAACACAGCUGGAUGCGUUCACUGCUUUAUACUUUCAGUGGCAUGAAACUUAAUGUAAUAACACUGUAAAUGCAAAAGGCAGUGCAACAAACGUAUUCCGUGGUAUUCCCUAGGUGUUUUUUACGCCUUCUUUUUGACUCCAUUGAUUUCAUGCUCUUACGUCAGAUCACUAAGGAAAUCAAACUGAUUAAACUGUACAUCUCUGUUGCUCUUACAUUUUCGCUCUGUCACUGUUUCUUAGCAAAAAAGGCUUGUGUGCUCAGAGGCAAAAAAAAAAAAGUUUUACCAUGAAUCCAUUUCAGUGUCUUCAGUUUAAAGGUCCAGUGUGUAGGACUUAGGGGGAGAUGUUGGCAGAAAUGGAAUGUAAUAUACUAAGUGUGUUUUACCUGAAAAGUGAAUCAGUGUGUUUUCGAAUCCUUAGAAUGAGCUGUUUAUAUCUACACAGGGAGCGGGACCUUGUCCUAAGGGAUUGCCAUGUUGCACCGCCAUGUUUCUACAGUAGCCCAGACUGGACAAACCAAACACUGGGUGUAGAUAGGGCCAUUUGCCUUUUCGCGUUGGCCACUUUAGUUAGCAGCCCCUCUGUGAUGAGCCAAACAGCAUCUGAAAAACACUGAUUUUUAACAUGAAACUGCUUUAUUCAGUGUUUUUACCGGUUUUAAUUACCUGGUCCGUUUGUUUUGGAGAGGAAGAGACCUCUGCGGAUAAUUCGGCUCUAGGUAAAAACCUCCAAAACAGCUGGAUCUUAAGUUAUCAAAGAAAAAAGGUGACCACACCAUUGCAGGUGCUGGGCUAGCCACACGCUUGCACGCCAAGCAGCAUCAGAGAAAGACUGAUUUGUAAUGUGAAACUGCUUUAUUCAGUGUUUUUAGUGAUUUUAAUCAUCUGGUCCGUUUGUUUUUUAGAGGAAGAGAGCUCCACGGAUAGUUGGGCUACCAGUAAAAACCCUCUGAACAUCUGGAUUUUAAGUUGUCAGACAAAAAAGGUGAGCACAUACUAGCAGGUGCUGGGCUAGCGGCCUAUUUGGGUUGAGCCAACCGAAUGCGGUCUCACUACGAAGUCGUCGAAAUCCAGCACUUGGGUAGUGACUUGAAGCGUCAGAAACCAACAAAAUAGGGUGUCUUUUGAUGUUGGCAUGAUACACGGAAGGUUGCCAUUAUAGUUUAACGGUUUCUGGUGGCAUCGGGGCAACGCGGCAGGACAAGGAUGAAAGUUGAUGCGGCGAAAGUCUGACUGGGGCAGGCGGGAUUGGUGGUGGAUGGGUCCAACAAACAGACUUUCACCCAGGAGAGCGGUGUUCUUGUCCCGAAAGAUUAUAAAGUUUUUCCCUAAACCUAACCACAUGCUUUUGUUGCCUAAACCCAACCAUGUGUAUUUAUUGUUGAAGGACACAAAAAAAAGGCAAAUCGCGGUGUACCAUUGUUCUGACGUAGUGCUUUUAUUUUGAAAGAGACUGUAUGUAAAGGUUAAUUUCCUUUGAAAACGGAAAUGUAUUUUGAAAGACGUCAAUGCAUGUAACAGACAGAACUUGGUGACACGGUGUCCCAGAACGUCAACAACCAACGCAACCAGGGUACCUUUCACGUCGUAUGUGGACAUGGAAUGUCCAUGACCAAACGUUGAUGUGUGACAAGGUCAAAGUGAGAAUGUGUUGGCCAACCAGCAUCGGAGAAACCCUUAUUCAUAGCGUGCGUGAAACUCCUUUAUUCGAUGUUUCUACUGGUUUAAAUCACCUGGUCUGUUUGUUUCGGAAAGGAAGAGACCUCUGCAGAUAAUUCGGCUCUUCGAUACAAACCUCCUGAACUAUGAACCCUGAAGGAAUCCUAACUUGGAGUUCACGCUUGGCACAUGGGAAAAGUUUCAGCUGGUUGCAAUCUGCCAUCCUCAUUGCUGGAUGACACCAAAAUCCUACACACUGCUCCUUUACUUAACAACACCUUAACCUCAUAUUUUUAAAUUACCAUUUCAUAAUCAGUACUUUUAAGUAAUAAAUCAAACCAGACCAAUACUACAGAAAAACAAGAAACCAAUUUGCCUUUUUUUAUCAUUAAAUAAUGUAUUCCGACUGCCACAUUUAACAUUACACAAAUAGUUAAAUAAUUUGUGAAGAUAGCUUGUGCCUUUUUAACUCUGAACUUGAUUUUCCUUAUCUUUUCUUUCACUGUCUGCGUUGAGUUGCUUUCAUAUCUUAAGACACCGAAUAUUUCUCUGAGCUUAUGAGUAAGCAGGAGAAAGCUUAAAUCACUUUAGACGGGGUUUUCUAAGGUCAUGACAUUUAAGCAGUGCCUUUUCUUGACUAUUUAUUGUGAUCACACCAAACAUUUUCAACAUUAAUUGGCCUUAUUGCAGUUUUUGAAUUCGUUUUUUUUUUUGUAAGUUGGGCCUUUCGUUGUGUACUGUAACUAUCGAUCAGGUGGAGUUGGGUUGAUUAAAAUGCAAUAAUAAUAAUAAUUUGGUUUGAAAGGGAAAAUUACCUUCAUGCUUAUGAGCACACAACCCUUGUACCAACCUAAAAUUUGUGUUUGUUAUACUACAAUAAAGGGACGCUUAGAAUAAUUGUUAUUAUCCAUGUUUAAGUGCUUAAUAGAGGUCAUUAGAUUAAGCAUAUAAGAUACAUUUCUUUUCUUUCCUUCUUAGUAAUUUUGAUAAGCUGUUGAAUUAUGUGUUUUUGUAAUGAACUCAACACUUUGUUUUUUUGAUUAGUAUUGUAUUUGGGACUAACACGAAUAAUACAAUAGUGGCGUCGAAUCAUUGUUGUGAUUGCCACUUGCAUUUUCCCUCCUUUUUAUUUCUCUACCAACACAUUAAAUGAUUUGAUUCAUGGAGAUGUAAGUGACAUUCUGAGCCAGCAGAAUGGCACACUGUGAGAAUUUUGAUGCCAAAGAGUGUUAUGACCAUCUCUCUGAGUUUCUUUGUGUAUCUUCUCUCCUCUUUAAUUUUGCAGGUUGCGUCACACACAUUCAAGAAAAGGUCAUUUAUAUAGUAUUCACUGUUAAAACACAUUUGCACAAGACGCUCACUUUUUAUGUACAGUAUGCCUUUAUAUUGUAUAGUACCUGAGCAUUUUCUAUUAUUUAUAUAAGCGCAUGUACUAGAGCAUUAAAUAGUCUAAAGAACUGGGUAAUUUUAACAAUGUUGGAAUAAUACUUGUGUGUUCUGUUUGCCUGCAUGUGUGUAAAAAAAAUGUAUGAGUGUUUGUAAAUCUGUGUGGUUGUGUGUGUUUUGGAGGAGAUGCUCUAAUUUUAUGAUCUCAACAAGUAUGACAUGCUAGGACAGUAAGGCUUUAAUCACUACAGACGUCCUUUCUUUCUUUCUUCUUUCUUUCUUUCUUUCUUUCUUUCUUUUUUUUUUAAAUUUAAACUGGCCAAAUAAAAUGGACGAGACACUACUACAUGUCUGCAGGUAGGCAGUAUUUCAGUAGCUACCGCCAACUUUUAAUAAAUUGUUGCUUUCUUUGGAGAUGUUUUUGUAUAUAGCACGCUAAUAGGUAUGCAAGUGAAGGUUAAAAUUGAAUAAAGUCAGUUGCUGGGAAAUGUUGUCUGGUUGAAUUUAUAGCCUGUGCACUACAUCCGCUUCUGUAUUUACCUGCGGUGGGUUGUAACUUAAUAUUUGUAUAAGUGCUGUUCUGAAGGGGCCCGCAACUUUGAGGUACUUCUCCUUAACUUAAGUGUUUCUGUUUGAUGUUGUUUUAUACUGUAUGUAUUUUACACUAUGCUACUCCAUUGCCUUAGUGUUACUUUGGCAGAUUAGCUUUUACAUUUACAAACAUUAGCCACAUUGAUAGAAUAUGAAACAUUGUAAUAGAUUAAACCAGCUACAACUUUAUUAAUGCUGCUUACGUGUUAAUGACUCAGUAAUGAAAAUCCAAUAAUUAAUGCAAAAAAGCAGGGACAAUCGUGCUGCAUACUGAGUACUCUCACUUAAAGUAAUUAAAAAUAGGCCUAACUUUCACUCAUAUUAGCACUAUCAUCAAUGUGUCUUUACCUUAUCCUUAUCACGGUACUAUCAGGCAGAGGUGUCGACACGACUUGACAAAGUUAAAAAAGACUUGGACUUUAAUUGACAUGUAACAUCACUUGGACUUGAGCCUUUUGACUCGAAAAUACUUCAAACCUUCCCUUUAAGUGCAAAGAUUUAAAAGUAUGUUAUUUAAAAAGUGUUUUCUUUUCUUAAAUCAACUAACAUUAAUACUGUUCAUUCCCAGCUAGUCGACACUUAAUUCCCCAGAUCCAGCUUGGUUGAGCCGAGAGAGGAGAGAACCACGUCACUCAUGUUACGUUACUGAGUGCCAGUUGGAAAAAAAAUGAUACCAAAGAUAAUUUCGGUCAUGUACAAAACUACACGGUUGUCAGCAAAAAAUGAAUUGUAGUAUGCAAAACAAAUUACAGAUGGAGACUCCGUUGUUAAAAUGGCAUUAGAUUUGUUUAGGACUUGAAACUAGAAGUUUUUCUAGACUUAGGAUUUGAGUGCCAAGACUUGAGACUUGCAAAAGAAUUACUUGGUCCAUCCUCUGCCAUCAGGUUUAGAAUACAAGGAGAUAAAUGAUUUGCAUGUUUAGGAAAAUUUGUUUGAAAUACGAAAAAUAACUGUCAGAAACAUUGAACAGUGCUCCUAUCCUAAUAAUUGUUUUCUUACAAAAUCUCAACAGCUGAAGCUGGUUCAGAAUCAGUAAGGCUUUGCACAUUAUCAUCCAACCUUUGCUGUUUAAUGUUGCACUUACUGUACACGCAUACUCAUGGACAAUAUACGACUACGACAGAUCUGAAUAGAAAGUUGUUCUAAUAUGAUGCAUCAGGACAGGGGCUUUGAUCAAUCAAUCAAUCAAUCACUCAAUCAAUCAAUCAAUCAAUUUUAUUUAUAAAGCCCAAUAUCACAAAUCACAAUUUGCCUCACAGGGUUUUACAGCAUACAACAUCCCUCUGUCCUUAGGACCCUCACAGCGGAUACUGUAAUAUGUGGUAAAGCAAGAGGUAUUCAGAUUUUUUACUACAGUAAAAGUAGCCGUACCAGAGUAUGAAAAGGUCCUGUAUUCAAAGUUAUAC